AUGGCCGUCCAGGGCUUCACUCCCAUUGAGUUCAAUGGAAGGCUGCCAGUAGCUAAGAUGGCUGCCCGAGGCUUCACUCCCUAUAGACUGCAAUGGCAGACUGCCAGUAGACAAGAUGGCCGCCUGCAGCUCCACAGGGAAAUGCCAGCAUCCAAAAUGGCCGCCCCCGGCUUCUCUCUCAUUGACCUCUAUGGCUUGCUGCCAGGCAUAGUAAGCAUGAAAUCAAUUGCCAGAAGUUUUGUUUAUUGGCCUGGUAUUGACAGUGACAUUGAGUCACUGGUGAGCAAAUGUAGCGUCUGCCAAAAUUGCCGGAGUAAACCACCAAAAACACCACUGCAACCCUGGUCAUGGCCAAGUAGACCUUUUCAGAGAGUUCAUGUAGAUUUUUGUGAAAAGGGUAAUGAUCACUUUCUGGUGCUGGUAAGUCAUUCCAAAUGGAUUGAGGUUAAACAUAUGGGGUCAAGCACUACUACUGAGCGUACCAUAGAUGAGUUGAGAUCAAUUUUUGCAUGCCAUGGUUUACCGGAAGAACUUGUUUUUGACAACGGGCCUCAGUUUCGUUCAGAACAGUUCAAAGAUUUCAUGCAGCGGAAUGGUGUGAAACACACACUUGUUCCCCCAUACCAUCCAGCCUCUAACGGGGUGGCGGAAAGGUCUGUUAGAGUUGUCAAAGAGGCUCUCAAGAAACAGGUUUUGCAGGGUAGUUCAAAGCUCAGCAUGAAACAUCGUUUGGCUAGUUUCUUGCUGAAGUACAGAACCACACCACACACAACAACAGGUUACUCACCUGCAGAACUGUUGAUGAAGAGAAGGCUAAGAAUACGCCUAAGUCUAGUUCAACCCAAUUUGGCUUUGAGAGUUGAACAAAAACAAUUGUCAAAAACGUCACUUCGACUCCCACAAAAAGGAGAGGUGACGAAAACAGCAGCCAAGAAGGGCGCCAAGAAAGCAUUGGCGAAACCUGUAGGCAAGGCGGGCAAGAAGCGCAGGAGGUCAAGGAAGGUUCACCCUGACACCGGCAUCUCCUCCAAGGCCAUGAGCAUCACGAACUCGUUCGUGAACGAUAUUUUCGAGCGCAUCGCGGGCGAGGCUUCCCGCCUGGCCCAUUACAACAAACGGUCGACCAUCAGUUCCAGGGAGAUUCAGACCGACCGCACCGACCUGCCAGGGAAAUGCAGAGAAAGUGGCGAGGAGGGGAAAAGGGAGAAUCAGACGGCCAGUGCCUGCGAAAGUCUCCGCAAUUCUGCAGGCCGCUGGGUUCUCCCGACACAGCAGUCCGAGACAGUGCAGGCGUUCCUCGAGUUCAACGUCCACGCAGUCUCUACUGCUUAA